AUGGAUCGUGGGAAAAAACGCAGUCGUGGAAGAAGAAGAGGCUUCGUACAAACUCUAUAUGAGGUGGUGAAUGAUGUUUCGACAGAUUCAACAAUAUCGUGGAGCGAAAGCGGGAAGAGUUUCGUAGUUUGGAAUGAAUCCGAGUUUAUCAGAGAUUUUCUUCCCAGAUACUUUCUACGCCCGGACUUGGAAGCAUUCAUCGUCCGCCUUCUUACCUAUGGCUUUACCAAAGUUGUUGUUGAAGAGUCCUCUUCUUCUUCUGAGCGAUGGGAAUACGCACACCCUUGUUUUCUCAGAGGUAAACCUGAGCUUACCGCAGCAAACUCUUUUGUGGUUACUUCAUCCCCUGAACUUCUGAGAAUGAGAAUGAGGGAGUUGCAGAAGCAGAGGAUCUUAGCGAUUAAGAGGAUCCAGGAACGCCGCCGUCACCAACCCGUCGUUGCGCACAUCUAA